AUGGCACAUUUCUUAACAGGACGAUGGAUCCAAAGGACGCCAGGCAGAGCGCAUCAUGCAGCACCGUUUGUGGGACCAACCCACAUCUGGCUGCGAUGAAAGAUGACAUCCUGUACCACUUCAGCUUAGGAACCGCAACUCACGACCUGCCAGCUAUGUUUGGUGAUGUCAAGUUUGUGUGUGUAGGGGGCAGUCCGAGGAGAAUGAAGUCAUUUAUUGAGUACAUCGCUGCUGAGCUCAAUAUGGAGGACCCCAAAUCAGAGUAUCCAAAUAUCUGUGCUGGAACAGAUCGCUUUGCUAUGUACAAAAUUGGCCCUGUACUCUCUGUCAGUCAUGGGAUGGGCGUGCCAUCUACUGGCAUCAUGCUGAAUGAGCUGAUAAAGCUCCUCCAUCAUGCACGGUGCACAGAUGUGACAGUUAUACGCAUCGGGACAUCAGGUGGAAUAGGGCUUGGGCCUGGUACUGUUGUUAUCACCAAGCAGGCUGUGGAUGCCACCUUCCAGCCCAAGUUUGAGCAGGUGAUCCUGGGGAAGACGGUGGUGCGUAACACCGAUCUGGACCAAAGCCUGGCUGAGGAGCUGUUGCAGUGCAGCAAAGAGCUGAACCAGUUUGAGACGGUGAUAGGCAACACCAUGUGCACGCUGGAUUUCUAUGAAGGACAGGCCCGUCUGGAUGGUGCUUUCUGCUCCUACACUGAGAAGGAUAAGCAGGACUACCUCAAGAGAGCCAAUGAAGCAGGAGUCUGCAACAUAGAAAUGGAGUCAACUGUUCUUGCUGCCAUGUGCAAGCUGAGUGGUCUGCGAGCGGCCGUGGUUUGUGUGACGCUACUGGAUCGGCUGAAGGGGGAUCAGCUGAGCAGCUCUCACGAAGUCCUUCAGGAUUACCAACAUCGUCCUCAGAUACUGGUCGGCUCCUACAUUAAGAAGCAGCUGAGGGCCAAAGCAGGACGCAGCUAAGUGCUACCAACAGUUAUCGUGCUAUGUCAGGGCAUGUGAAAGAUCUCCGAGCCUUGUUAUCUGAUGAUUUUUUUGUUCUUUGUUGGUGUAUUUGAAUUAUUUCCUUGUUGUGCUGUUUCCGUGAAUGUUUCUUGUUCUCAUGACGCUCCUGAAAAAGAGAUCUUUGAAUACUGUUUAACUGAGUGACAGACAUUGUGCAAUUAUGUCUCUUGUGAUCAAAUAUGUGUUAUUUAAGGUGGCUGCUUCAUAAAACUCUCUACAAAUAUCCAUCACCGAACAGAAUGAAUGUUGUGUUGUUGUUGUUUUUUUUUUUUUUAGAUUUGGCUUCUGAAGUGAUUUAUUAAG